AGAGAGAGAGAGAGAGAGAGAGAGAGAGCUACAUGGAAUUGGAGUAAACAAAAAAAAAAAGCUUUGAGAUUUCUUUCCUCUUUAUCAGCGAAGAAUCGUUCGUUUGUUUCCUUCCUUCCUUGUUGUUCUGGAAUCUGAGUUUUUGUUUUCGGAGUCUUCGAGGUUUCUUCCUCAUUCGUUUGCUGCUUCCCAUCGAAACUCUCUUCUGGUGGAAUCUGAGUUCUAGUUUUGCGGUUUUUUCUGCUGGGAUUUGAGCAGAAAGCCAAGUUUGAUGUUUUGUUGAAGUAUCCACGAGUUUUAUUCUGUUGGAAGCUCCUCUUUGUGUGAUUGAAACGGAGAGAGAGAGAGAAUGAUUUUACCAAAGCAGUAUCGCUGCACACACUCCCCGACCUGCCAGUGCACGAGAGGCCAUCUAAGCGAAGACGUGCUGUUACUAGUCUUCCAGCAUUUGAACUGGAACCCUAAACUAGUCGCAACACUCUCCUGCGUGUGCAAAUGGUUCGACGAUUUCGCCAAACGUGUCCUAUGGAAAGAGUUCUGCAAGACUCGCGCGCCAAGAAUGAUGCUUGAUCUGCAGUCCAGCGGUAGCCACUGCAUCGACGGCAACUGGAGAGCCCUAGGGAAGCUUCUCAUCUACUGCUCAGGAUGCACACAAGGCGGUCUUUUCAACAGCACCGUUCAAAUCCCUGGCCACUUCGUUUACAGAACAAGAUUCUCGAGAACAUUAGGGAGAAGCCUACUGCCGCCUCAGUGUAGAACUGAUGUUCUCUACGUUAGUGAUCCGUGCGAGCAUCUUGAUCAAGGAGAAGAAGGAGACGUGGGUUUGUUCCGUGGGAUUUUCAAGUCGUUCCCAACGUCUAGAGUCAGGAAAGUUAUCAUUAACAAGGCGGUUCCGUUUCAUCCCUCUGAGGUUUGUCCGUACUGCAAAGCUAAACUGUGGAGCAUGCUCCAAGCUAAGAUCAUACCCCAGAGUGCUUGCGUUCGUUUGGAAGCUUAUGAGGACUGCAUUGAGUAUUUCGUUUGCCUUAAUGGACAUUUGGUUGGUAUCUGCACUCUGGCUCCUUUGUCUGAUUCUGAGGAGGCGGUUCCAAGUGAAGAUAGCAAUCACACAGAGAAGAAACAAGACAAUUGCUUGGGUAAAGAGAAUGGAUUGAAAAGGAGACAUUCUUUAUUGGGUGGAAGUGAGAAUGGUGGACCUUCUCCUCAAAAACGGCUGACCAUUUCGAAUCAAUGUGACAUUGAUGUGUGAAAAACCGUCUGUAAAUUUGUUGUUGUUUUGUGUGAUUCUUACUAACUAUAUUUGCAUCCUCAGAGAUUCAUUCAUUUACAGUCAGGUUAUGAUCAACGGUUACCAUAAUCUCUGGUUAUGAUUUUUUUUAACUCGCAUUGAGAUGAAUGUUAUCAUUGUGUUCUGUCG